AUGAGGAAAGCCAAGGAUGUGUGUGGAUUCAUUUUCUUAUUGCAGGUUUGGGCUUGGGAGCGAAUUAUACCGAUGCAACCACCACCCAGGGCCCUUCAGCCACACGUAGCUCUUGCACGAAAGUGGACUCAUCGUAAAGCUAGUGAAAAUAAGGCACGUGUUGUGCUACCCAUAUGUAGGGAUGUAUUGGACAACCUAACAGAUGGUCAGUUUGUGUGGCUGCCUUAUUCAGAGGCUAUCAUUAAUGGACUCCCUGAGUGGUGUCGGCAUGGCCUAGGUAUUUGGAUGGCGCAGGUUCCCCUUAUUUGUGGAAUCUAUCGAGAGUGGCACAUGGUAGACCGCGUUCUCAGACAGUUUGGUAGGAAGCAACAUAUUCCGGGACCAUGUGUUGAGAUUGAUCCUUUUCAUUACAAACGUGACAAGCGGUAUGCUAUAACAGUGGAGGAUCAACAAAAUUUUAUACGAAAGGACUUUUUUUGGGAAAAUCGUCGACAAAGGGUAAUUCGGGCCGAGUAUGAAACUCAAGACCCAGAGUCAUUAUCAGAGUAUUUUUGUUGGUAUCGACGUCACUCGCGCACUUUCAUAGGAAAUCCUGCGCAUAAUGUGGAUAGAGGAUACCAACACAUGGCAGGCAGGCAUGAGGCACUGGCUUUAGGACAUCAAGAAUCGUACAGGUUGGCUCAUGAGACUAUCCAAGAUCCAACCAUGUUUAAUGAAAUGAAGGAAUUAACAGAGAAGUUUAGCCACAUUAAUACAGAGUCCAUUGCUGCUGCCUCUCUGGGGACGAUGCUGAGUUUCGCUCCAAAUUAUACACCACCGACGAAGUAUGUUGAGCCGCCUACUGUGCAAAUUCCUCGUCGUCAACGUCCUAAUGUGCGAGACACAGAAGUGCAUGGUAGAGGACGUAAGCAGUGCUAA